AUGCAGAGCCACAUCUACGAACUCGGCCUGCUCGGCGGCCGAUGCUCCGACAUCCGCAUCAGGGCGUUCGGUCGUCUGUACCACCUCCAUCGUCUCGUCCUCAUCCAGUCCGGCUUCUUUCGCGCCAUGCUGUGCGGCGGAUAUGCAGAGGACCUCGCUGCCGCUUCCGUCGCCGCCUCACUCAGCCAGAGAAACAGCCAGCACGGUCCCUCCUCAUCGACGCUCCACAGGGAUCCCGACAGCGACAUAGUCGAGCUCCAUUUCGACGACCCCAACAUCAGCAGGGCCGCUUUCGAGUACUGCAUCGCGCGUCUCUACGGAGAUGGCCCCAAACUGGUGCUCCCCUUCUGGGCAACUCCAUCCUCGAAUCAUCCCUUCUCCCCAGCGCUCACCAUGCGUCUCUCCAACUGCUCCGACCUGCAGCUCCCCAACCUCGUCAUCGACAAGCACUCCCAUCCAGCCACGCCUCGCUUCCUGCUCUCCCUCCUCGCCACCUCGAUCUAUCUCAAUAUCCCCAGCGUGACCUCGCAGGCGCUUACCCUCGUCCUGUGCUCAGUGACGCCCUUCACCGUCAUGCACUACCUCCGCUUUGCCAUCGGCCGCGGCAUCGAAGGCACCGACCUCCACCGCUCGGCUUCCGACGUCAUGCUCCACGAUCUCGACGAGUGGGAUUGGGAGCUCGAAGGCCCCGCUCGCACCCUCGACGAGCUCGCCCGCUUCGAUCCCUCCUUCAGCUCUUCGUCCCGACAUCCACGGACAUCCAGCGUCCACGAACGUGCCAAUAGCGUCUCCGACGACUUGGCCGCCGACCUCGACCAGCGAAUGCACGUCUCCCCACCGUCGCCGUCUUCCAAACACGCUUCCAUGCGUCCCCACACCAACGCGCCUGGUCAGCACGCCCGCCGAGCAUCCCAGCCGGUGCACGGUCUCAGCUCUCCACCGCCGCCUUCAGGCCGCGAUCACAAGAGCAAAGGAAAGAAGACGCCCGGCUUCCGCGAUUGCGAGUCCUCACCUCCACGACGCGCCCCAAGCGCUCUGCUCCCCGAGUUCAACUACGGCAUCACCGCCGACAAGAUCGGCGAGGCCUGCGUCUGCUGGUUUGCUCGCUGGGGCUACGACAUUUUUGAGCUCGAGUGCUCCAUGGAGCGCGAGCGCGUCGUCGAGAUCGAGACGUGGAUCCGCAUGUGUCGUGAGGACCGCGAUCUUGCCCGACUCACCCUGCUGCGCGACCGACUGCAUACCGGCGAUGUCGACCUGCUCCACACUUCCAUGCUCGCCCGCGGCCGCAUGCCGGAUCCGGAGGAGCGUCUGCCAUCUCCAAGGCUGCGCGUGUGGUCCUAUCCGUCCAUGCCCAGCUCCUGGGUCCGCGCCAUGAUCUCGUCCGACGGCUUCUUUGUGCCGUCCGAGCUGCACAGGUACGAAUUCGCAAAAAAGGUCGUCGAGUUCCGCCGCAAGCAGAAGGCGCUCAUCAACGUCCUCGACCGUCUCAUCGAGGACUGGCUGCGCCAAGAUCAAGAAUUGGCCGCCCCAGCUGACAACGAGACUCCCGACUCGAGCAAAAAGAUGGGAGGGGUCCCGAAAGCUUCGUCCUCCAACGCGUCCUCCUCGGAUGCAGGCGAUGGAUUCGGCUUCAAGGCCUUCCGAAGGGCGCCUUCGAUCGGAGCAGACGACGAGCAGGAAGAGGCCAGUACGCCGCUGCAAGAAGCGUGGGAUGACGGCGUCGAGUCCACCACCUUCUCCGCAUCCCUCGACGACGACGAGGCCGAGUACGAAGAGCUCUUCUCCACGGGCAUCUACUACUCGCACAUGCCGUUCCAGGCGCUCAACAAGAUCAGCGCCGACAUCUCGCCCACCACCGGCCGCCCAUAUACUCCGCUCAACGUGCUCCAAGCUGCUCUGUGGGUGAGCAACGAGCUGCGAACCCAGAUCCUCAACAGCGCACCCGCAGGUGGCAAGAACACUGCGGCCUCGAACCAGGAAGUCGAUCCAGCCAACGAAGCAGGCGCGGAUUUGGGGCCCGACGACGAAGAGGCCGAAGAUUGGGACCAUCUGAACGCGCUCGGCGUGUCGAGCUCCAUCCACCAGUUCAGAGACGCCUUCCAGUCGACGAUCCAUUCCUCCGGCUCGCAGCACCGCUUCUCGCGCAGUCGCUCGGGCACUCCCAUGAACCUGUCCAUCAAUCCGGAUGGCUCUCUGCACUCCGGCUCGCCCGGUGCGCUUGGCGGGCUGGGCUCCAGCCCUCUGAUGACUGGCAUUCUCGGCGGCGGCACGGCGGGUCUGCUCAACAAGCGAUUCUACCUCGUGCCGUCGGACGACACCGUGCGCUUCGGCGACAGUCUGGCGUCAGUGAUCGGCGUGACGACGGGUGGAUCUGCGAAUUCGGCCAAGGCGCGCAACUCGGACGACGAACGCAAGGGCAAGAGCCAUGCGUUUGAGAGCGAUCCGAAUGGCCCCUCGGGCACGGCGGCGAUGCAGAUCCCUCACACGCUGCCCAUCCCGGGCGUGAUCCACCAGGAUACCAACAACACUUUGCACCAACGCCGCAAUCGCUCGCACUACUAUGGCAUCGCCAACGACGUUGCCACGGGCCGCGAGCUCGGCGAAUAUGCCUAUCGCCACCUGCCGGCGGUGCCAGAUUUGUCGUCGCGCGCCGCGUCGCGCCCCGCCGACGAGCGCGACGCAUUCGAUUCGGCCGGCGGCGAGUUCAGCUCGCACCUGCACGAUCCGAACCAAGACGCCGAGGGAGCGGAUGGCGACUCGCACGGCUCGGCGGACGUGUCGCCGGAGCGGUGGAGCGGAUACGAGCCGAUGCGCGUCGGCGUCGAGUUCUUUGGCAUCGACAAGCUGCAGGAGAAGCAGCGGCUGUACUCGCCCACGUUUUUCUAUGCGGGCAGCGUGUGGAAUCUGUACAUCCAGGUGGUCAAGAAGGCCAAGGGCAUCCAGCUGGGCAUCUAUCUGCACCGCCAGAGCUUGACGGAGCAGUUGCCGCCGCCGUCGGCGCCCACGCCGGAGGAAGGAGAAUCCACGCCCGGGCUGACGAACGAGACAGCGUGGCCUGGUGCGCCGGGAGGCGCCCGAUCGACGCAGCGUGGCGAGGCGCAUGGAACGCCGUCCCGAGAACAGGGAGCGACGGGCACGCCGGGCCAACGGUCGGUGCAUCAGUCGACGAGGGGCUCGGUGUUUGGGGUGCCGGCGGGCGACGAAAGUCUGGUUGGCGAGGGAGGCAGCAGCUUCUUCGAUACCAACCUCACUUCGCCCAUUCGGGCUGGUGGUACUGGUUAUGCAGCUGGCGCGGGUAGCACGCUCACGCUGCCGAGCGGAAGGACGCUGACCCGGCUCGGAGGCAACAGUGCCGGCUCUCCCAUGCGCAACAGCCUGCUUGAUCCAUUUGCCAGUGCCGAAGCGGAAGGCUCGAGGUUAUCGACCGAGGGUGGCUCGCUGGCUUCGCUGUCUUCGCUUGGGGAGUUUGGUGCGAGCCUUACGCGCGAUGCUGGUGCUGGUGCUGGUUCGUCGCCGGCUGGAGGUGCGGGCGGGGAUGAAUCGCGUUCGAAUCGGCACUCGACUGGAACUCAAGCGGGAGGCGGUGCAUCGCGUCCACCCAUUGUUGAGCUGUCCGCGGGUGGGCCAUCGGUGUACCAAACCUGUCCGCUGCCGCCGAUUCCCUACCGCGACCCGCGCAUCGAACUGCGCGCGUACUUCAGCAUCCACUGUCCAAGCCCGCUCGGCACAGCGCUCACCAAGUUCAGCAGCGGCCCGGACAGGUUCACCGUAUCCCAGUCGUGGGGCUGGAAAUCCAGCUCGCUCUUGGGGACGGUGCAUUUGGAGAAUGGUGAUCUCGGGUCCGGGCGACCGGGGCUAUCGUACAGGUUCCGCUGCGUAUGUUCCAUCGGUCUCAUCUAG